GAAAAUUCAAGAACGGAGAUUUCUGAAUAUUGAUUCAGCAGCUCUAGUCCUAUUUUUAAUUUUUUUGAAAUCAACAAAAGACUAGAACAUUAUCAGACUCGAAACGAUAUCAAGUAGAACACUUUAUUGAAGCUCAAAGCCUGCAUUUAUACAUCAGAGAUUGAAAUUAUACAAUCACACAAUUACUUCAAAAAAUAGUUCUAAGCCGAAGUUCGAGAUAUGAAAUCAAUUGUAUCCUCUAAGAAGUUUUUCAUUAGUCUUUGAAGAUUUCUGAUUAAAUAAAAAUUUUGUAACUGAUAUGAAAUUUCCUAAUGAGAAAAAUGAAAUUCUCAUCUCUAUAUGACUUGAAAUACAUUAAAAUUUAUGGAACAUCAAGGUAUCUUUUUUUUUCCUUUCUUUAAGAUAUUACAUAUCUUUUAUCUUUAUGUGAACAUGGUGAUCUACAUUUACGUGGUGCAUGUGCAAGUUUACUUGCUACAUUAAUUCAAACAACAAUUCAUCUUUUAUUAAACAAUGUUCACUUGUAUCAACUGAUUCACAAGACAGUUCAAGGAAUUAAAUUAUUAGAAGAUUCUAUUCAACAUACUACAAGUUCCUGUACUCUUGCUAAAUUUGCUCUAGCUCAACUUAUAGAUGAUAUUGAUUUUCGAAUAUUAACUUAUCUUGAACAACAAUUAAAACAACAGUACCCUGAUAUACGUGUUCGUCAAGCAAUUGCUUCGACUUUUGCUAAUCUUAAAAAAUAUAUUAAUAGAAGUGAAAGUGAUUUUCAAGCUCCUGUACUCAAUUUACUUGUUCAAUUACUUUUAAUUCGUCAUUUUAUUCAUUGUAUUGCUGAAUUUCUUGUUAUGUUAUCACAUGAUACACUUCAUUCAAAACAAGUUAUUAAAAUACAAGAUUUAAUAAAACAUUAUGAUUCAUUAUUAGCAAGUGGACAUGAACCUGAAACACAUACUUUGGCAGCAUUAGAACCAGCUUUACGAUUGUUCACAAUUAUUAUUAAUAGUGUUCAAAUUGAAGAUGAUAAAUGGAAACGUCUUUCACGACAAAUUGUCGAUUUACUUCUUGCUCAUUUACAAUCUCAGAAUCAACCACUUUUGGAUAUUUAUUCCACACAAUUAACACUAUUUGAUGUUGCUUUUCGAACACUAAAUGAUGUUUUAUUAUCAGUUCAUGGAACACGAGAUGUAACUUUUAGUGCAGCUCUUCUUCGAAUUUUACAUGACGUAAUAUUACGAAUUUUAACUAAUACUCGGCAAUUAUGUGGUCAAAUCAAUAUGACAUUAGUUUCUCUUGCAUCCGAUUAUCUUUAUGUACAUAUCACCCAUUAA